CGGCUCCCGCACUCCACGCGCGGUCCGAGCACCCGGGAGGACAUGCCGGGCCAGGGAUCGGUAUCGGAUUGGACUAAGUACACCUCUUCCGCUGAGCCGUCCGCAACGGUCCGGACAGAGAGUGGCGUUGGCGGCGGCGGAUCAGCACGACAUUCUUAUUACCACAAUUCCAAAUGUACUGAAAGACUCAAAGAUGGACACAAAGUUGACUCUCACACAGCCAAGCUGCAAGAGUUGUGGAAAACUCCUCAAACAAUUCACAUCCUUAAAUCAAUAAAGGAUGCAUCCUUCCGAAAGCAUCCUGACCUCACCACAGGCCAAAAGCGCUAUCUAUGCAGCAUCGCUAAGAUCUAUAAUGCCAACUACCUGAGGACAUUAAUGAAGAGGCAGUACAUGCAUGCGAUUCAGCACAGCUCCCUGAAGCCAGGUGUCCUCACUCAUCACAGGAACCGCUUCAGCUCUCGUUAUGCCCAGAAACAGUAUCACCCCUGUACCACAUGGCGACAUCAACUGGAGCGAGAGGACUCGGCACGUCCCAACAUCACCACUGCCUGUGCACCUGAGAUGAUGGUGCCGCAUCCCCUCUGGCAACCACUAAGAAACAAAGAAGGGUUAAAAAGUGGAUAUACAACUAAAACAAGAUGUAAGUCACUGAAGAUUUUUAGAAGACCAAGCAGACUGUUCAUGCAACCAGUUUCUACAAAAGAUUUGGAAUCAUACAUGAAUGAAGAGAAAAAGGAAGAAGAUUUACUCAAUAAGUGUAUGCAAUCAAUGUCAAUUGAAGAACAAGGAGAACAUCUGAUGUUGACCUGA